CAGAAAUUUUGUAGUAACCAAAUCAAGCGAUGAUCAAAACAAAACUCCAAUUAGCAUAGGCCCAUAAUCUUUUGUGGGUAUAAAAACUGGAAACGUCCCUCUUUUGAACAACAGAUUUGGCCCAAACAUGAAGUUCUACGUCAUUGCUUUGGCCUUUGUCGGCCUUGCCGCCGCCGAUGUCAGUCAUCUAAAGUUGGGACUGUCCGCCGACGGAGGCUAUGGACUCACCGCCUUGCAAUCCGCUCCCUCCUCCUCCUCCACUUCUUCGGAAGUGGUACAAGGUGGUGAUUCCAGCUCCUACCAGUACUCAAAGUCCGCAGAGGUUGUGCCCGGAAGCGAUGCUAGUUCCUACCAGCCUGCUGAAUAUACUCCAGCUCAUCUCAAGUCAGCCGACGUAGUUCCUGGAGGUGAUUCAAGUUCCUAUCAACCCGCUGAAUACACUCCCGAGCACUUGAAGACAGCUGAUGUGGUUCCUGGUGGCGAUUCCAGCUCUUACCAGCCCGCUGAAUACACUCCUGCUCAUCUUAAGGCUCUUGUUCCACCGACCAUUGGAGCUGAUACUUAUGCUCCAGUUCCGGCUGCUAUUGGUGCUGAUACCUACACCCCUGAGAAGUUCAUUCCCCAGGACGUUCAGGAGGCCCACUACAAGUACAUUCAGGAGCAGGAGCAGGGAGCUGUUGUUCCCGGAGGAGAUUCAAGCUCUUACCAACCCGCUGAAUACACUCCCGAGCACUUGAAGACAGCUGAGGUGGUUCCUGGAGGCGAUUCCAGCUCUUACCAGCCCGCUGAAUACACUCCUGCUCAUCUUAAGGCUUCUGUUCCAGCGACCAUUGGAGCUGAUACCUAUGCUCCAGUUCCGGCUGCUAUUGGUGCUGAUACCUACACCCCUGAGAAGUUCAUUCCCCAGGAUGUUCAGGAGGCCCACUACAAGUACAUUCAGGAGCAGGAGCAGGGAGCUGUUGUUCCCGGAGGAGAUUCAAGCUCUUACCAACCCGCUGAAUACACUCCCGAGCACUUGAAGACAGCUGAGGUGGUUCCUGGAGGAGAUUCCAGCUCUUACCAGCCCGCUGAAUACACUCCUGCCCAUCUUAAGGCUUCUGUUCCAGCGACCAUUGGAGCUGAUACCUAUGCUCCAGUUCCGGCUGCUAUUGGUGCUGAUACCUACACCCCUGAGAAGUUCAUUCCCCAGGACGUUCAGGAGGCCCACUACAAGUACAUUCAGGAGCAGGAGCAGGGAGCUGUUGUUCCCGGAGGAGAUUCCAGCUCUUACCAGCCCGCUGAAUACACUCCAGCUCAACUCAAAAACUCGGUUGUAGCUUCGACCGCUGCUUCUGCUGUUUCUGGGGGAGAUUCCAGUUCCUAUCAAUCCGCCGUUUCCCAAACGAGCUACGUUCAUAGCCAAGCCCAGACUGUCGUGGCCGGAUCGUCUGGCAGUUCCUACCAGAGCGCCCAACCCAUCGCCGCCUAUGUCCAGGGACAAGCCCCAGUCGUCAUUGGAGCCAACACGAUCACACCUGCCCACCUGUACGAGGAGCCCACAUCGAAUGGCAUCGAGGAGUUGAAUCCCGAUACCCAGGUGCCCGUGGCCAUUGGUGCCGACACCAUUACUCCUGCCCAUUUGCAGGCCACCUACUCCAAAUCCAGCCAGGAGACCCAGUACGCGUCGAACGGCGGCUAUAUUUACUAAGUGAAAUAAUUGAGAGCCACAGAGUCUAAUAUAUUCUUAAAUUUAUAAUUUUUUUUAUAAUCUUUUAUUUUGGACCUAUAGAUCUUUAAAAUUUCUAUUAGUGUAGAGAAAACCAAUGCUUCCAAUAAACACCAAGAGAGUAAAGUAUUUAUCUAUAGAAUAUA